AUGACCAUGGCUCACAAUCUCUUGGAUGUAGUUCCUGAAGUUAUUCUGUAUAUCUUUUCGUUCCUUGAUCUUCCCGACCUGGCGUCGUUAUCUCAAGUGUCGCCUCUGUUCAAAGAACUGGCAUCGGACCAAGCUUUGCAUAAUAAUCGCAUUCGUAUCAUCACACCCUCGAGGGUAAACCAUUCGCUGUUCGGCCAAAGUGCUGAGGGCGUCGCGCUAAGGCCGACAGUGGGCGACCUGGUCCACAGGGGCGUCAUGCGAGGUUUGAACAUCGAGCGACGAUGGCGCACGGGGACCUAUCUCUACUCUUCCCUCUCUGUUAGGCAAUAUGAAGCCAGCCUUCUCCUACAGCGAAGGCGUACGAGCAGCGUUAUAUCUUCCUUCCUUCGUCGACGUACGACUUCGCAUCUUAAUGCACUCACGUCACUUCACGUGUCGCACGUCCUGCCGGACAUCGAGUCCUCUUCACCGGCCGUGUCGCGUAUCCUGCUGCCUGUCAUGCGGAAACUCAAGUGGUCCAUCCAACGCGACAAGCUAGCGAAGAUGGUGCGAGAGGGGGCGUGUAUCACGGCCGUCGUAAACGCAAGUGGAAAGCCUGAUGUAGAUGCUUUCGGGAGAUGGCUGGAGAGCAAGGGGAAAGGUUUGGUCAAGGAAGACUCGGAAAGGGUGAUCCUUGCCAUUUGCCCGGACGUGAAGAAUAUUGUGCGUCAGUAUGAAGCCUUGGGUCACCCGAAUUAG